GUGCUGGCCCCUUCCUCCACCGCGCCGCCAUAAGAACCCCACCCGCCCCCGCCUUGUCCUCGCUGUAUUGAACGGAACUCUCACCUCACUCAACUCAUAUCUCAUAUACACAUUCCCGCAAGGAUGUCUCCCGUCUCAACAAAUACGAACGGGACUGGCAACUCGGCACAUCAUGACAGCGACGCCGCCCUACCGCCGUCUUUGUCGUUCAAAUGUGCCGUGACCGACUCGAAAGGCCCGCGGCGGUCCAUGGAGGACGCACACGCCAUCGUCGUCCCCUUCGCCGGGGUCCGCGGGCAGGCCUUCUUUGCCAUCUUCGACGGGCACGCUGGCAAGCAGGCUGCAGAAUGGUGCGGCGCGAACUUCUCCACGUGUUUCCUCGAGGCGAUUAAGCGCGAUCCGACGGCUACCAUCCCUGAUGCGUUCAAUCAGACGUUCCACGACGUCGACGGGCACCUCUCCCAGCUCUCGGAGGAGUCGGAUGGCAAGAUGCAUGCGGGGUGCACCGCGGUAACUGCGUUCCUGCGCCUCGAAGAUGCGGAUGGGAAGCAGUCCUUCCUCCCGCCACACUUUGACCCCAUUGAUAUCGCGCUUGCGGACAUGCAUCUGGACGAUGAGGCCAGCGACGGGGAAGCCGAGGGCGGACACGAGAAGGUUAGCAACAGAGCCCGUAUCAAGCAGUUCUUCAAGCCUGCCAAUCACGACCAAUCCUCCCCGCCGCCGUCACAGGCGAGCUCGGCAAAUACGAACGAGAAAGAUAAUGCAUGGACAUUGCCCCGCAACGCAACGGUGCGUCGGGUGCUGUAUUGCGCAAAUGUGGGCGACGCGCGGGGCGUGCUGUGCCGUGCCGGACGGGCGGUACGCCUGACAUACGAUCACAAAGGCUCGGACAAGCAGGAGGCGAAGCGGAUUAUGGAUGCGGGAGGCUUCGUGAUGAGUGGGCGCGUCAACGGUGUGCUCGCGGUGACGAGAAGUCUGGGGGACUCGUCGAUGAAGGAGUUUGUUGUGGGUGCGCCAUAUACCACGGAGACGGAGCUGAGUGAAGAAGACGAGUUCCUGAUCCUGGCUUGCGAUGGGCUUUGGGAUGUUAUCGAUGACCAGAAGGCGUGCGAGCUUGUGCGCUCUAUCGCAGACCCCAGGAGAGCUGCGGAGGAGUUGCUCGACUACGCAUACAAGAAUUACUCAACCGACAAUGUCACGGUUCUCGUCGUCCGGCUAAGGAGCCCGCCAGAAGCAAUGGGUACUGAGCAGAAUGGAUCGUGAGCUUGUCGGUUACCCGGAUAGCGCGCUCGAUCUCUUCUCCGGAGGCACGAGCCCUUGUGCAGUGGUCUCGUUACUCUCGUGUAUUCGCCCUUAUUCCGACUCUUUUCUUUGCUGAUUCAAGGAUCUCGCGCGCAUGCACUCGCAUACGUACACAAGGACAAGUGUAGCUUAUUGUAUUGUAGGGGUUGUCACUAAACUCGGCGGGUACGGUACGUAGUGGCUUCGCACUGUAGUGACAGAAUGGGAUGGUUAUAUUUCGUGUCACCCUCCGUGACUGCGUUCGCUCGAAAGGGGGCCGAUCUAGAUCUCGGAGUCCACACGUGUCGGUGUUCGAGUUGCCUAAAAC